CUUCAAAGACCAAUAGCUGGUUCUCAAGUACCAGUUUGCCCGUUGGAGAAGAAAAUGCCUGAUAGUUGGUCGCAGAUUGAACCGGGCACUUUUAGGGUUCGGGGAGAAAACUAUUUCAGGGAUAAAAAGAAGGUGCUUGCUCCAAAUUAUGCAGCAUAUUAUCCUUUUGGUGUUGAUGUAUUUUUAAGCCAGAGAAAGAUAUUUCAUAUAGCUCGACUUGUGGAACUUCCCGUCAUUGAACAUUCUGGGACACUUCCUCCCAUUCUUGUCGUGAAUGUCCAGAUCCCAUUAUAUCCUACCGCAAUUUUUCAGGGUGAAAUUGAUGGUGAAGGGAUGAGUUUUGUCUUGUACUUUAAGCUUUCAGAAAGUUAUGCUAAGGAACUUCCUCCUCAUUUUCAAGAGAAUAUCAGGAGGCUGAUUGAUGAUGAAGUGGAAAAAGUAAGGGCUUUUCCUGUUGAACAUACUGCACCUUUCAGGGAAAGAUUGAAGAUAUUAGGCCGUGUUGCAAAUAUGGAGGACCUCCCAUUAAGUGCUGCAGAGAGGAAGCUUAUGCAUGCCUACAAUGAGAAACCUGUUCUUUCACGUCCUCAACAUCAGUUUUACAAGGGAGAGAAUUACUUUGAGAUUGACAUAGACAUGCAUAGAUUCAGUUACAUCUCUAGGAAGGGUUUUGAAACAUUCCUAGAUAGGCUAAAGCUCUGUUGCUUGGAUGUUGGGCUAACAAUUCAGGGCAAUAAAGCUGAAGAAUUGCCGGAGCAGGUUUUAUGUUGUAUACGGUUAAAUGAAAUUGACUAUGCAAAUUAUCAGCAACUGGGGUCGGAAUAGAGAGCCCCUUGAAUUGAUGCACAGACAGUGGAAGUGUUAAGAUAUGGCAAAUAAAGAGAGUUACUUAGAGAAGUUCAGUUGUCCCUCGCUUUUGGUGCCUACCUCUCUGUCUUUCCUUUCCUCCAAUUAUCAAAAUCUUCGGUGUCUCCAUAAUGCAGGCAUAUUAUAAGUGUAGCAGGUUCCACGGGAACUGCUAAGGAUGAUUUCUCGCAUUCAGAUCACUAUGACAUGAGUUCUGGACAAGUCGAUUGCAUACUGCAUUAGCUUUAUACGUGUAUGAAUUCAUGGACGACAUUGAGAAAUCAGUUAAUGGAAUAAAUUCUAAUUCAUUCUUUUUGUUUGAUAAUAUAGCAAUCUGUUUAAUUAA